AUGCCAGCAAGAUUGCUCUCAACAAACACAUGGGCGCGCAGCCAAGCGCCCAUCCUCGACUUCCUCGCCCCCAGAGCCCUCACACCACGCACACUGCGCACAGCGACAUGGCCGACAUGGCCGACACCACCAACACCACGGCGCCACCACAGCACAGCAAUCCCCCCCUCGAACGCACCCACACCAGACUCGACCGCCGCCUCCCACCUCGCCCCACCCAGCGCCCCCAACCCCAGCCCACCCAUCCACCCUCUCUCCGCCGAGCAGCGCGCCUUCCUCUCCUCCGCCCUGCGCGUGAACCAAACAGGCGAACUCGCCGCAAUCCUCAUCUACGCCGCGCAAUCGCCCGUCCUGACACGCUCACACCCGCACCUCCGGCCGCUGAUGAAGCACAUGUACGACCAAGAAGCCGGGCACUACGCCUUCUUCAACGACGUCAUCCGCAAGCACCGCAUCCGACCGACCGCCAUGACGCCCGUGUGGACCGCGGCGGCGAGUUUUCUGGGCUGGGGCACCGCGCUCCUGGGCCGCGAGGCGGCGAUGGCGUGCACCGAGGCCGUGGAGACGGAGAUUGGCACGCACUACAACGAGCAGGUGCGGGUUCUGCUGGACUGGGCGCGCAAGUGCGAGGAAAGCGGGCAGACGCUGGGGCCCGAGCUGGAGGCCUUGGUCGGGCAGUUGCGGAGGAUACGGGACGAGGAGUUGGAGCAUUUGGAUCAUGCCGUUGAGAACGAUGCAAAGGAGGCGAAGCCGUAUGAGCUGCUUACGGAGGCAAUAAGGGCCGGGUGUCGUGGCGCGAUUUGGGUCAGUGAGAGGGUGUGA